AUGGGCUGCGUGAACUGCAAAAAGGCGAAACGGCGGAAGGAUCACCCCACGCUUGAGGAGGCGGCGGCGCGUGAGACGGAAAGGGAGCGCUGGGCUGCAGCUGAGCAGGGGUUUGCGGCACAGAACCUCUACACAUCCGUCCAUGCUGCGAAUUCGCUCCCUUUAACUGAACGCGAGGGUGCCACGCCGCUGCCGGCGACACCGGGUCGUUUAGAGAAUGUGCCACAGAUUUCAGCUGCUGCUGCUGCUCCCGGAGAAACGGAGAAUGGCCGAGGAUGGAACUCAAAGAAGAAGAGCAACAGCCAAGCCACUGGCAAAGCGGAUAACGACAGCACCGCGGCGGCAUUAGCCAGAGUAACGAGAACAGCGGCUCCGUCAGAGUCCUCCAGGGAAACGCCCAAAGGACGCAGGAACAAGCAUCAGUACCGCUGUCACCCCGGGGUCAGCUCGUGGAGUGACGGAUCGCUACCUCUUUCAGUAGAUUCCGUGGGAUCUGCGAAGUGUCCACACAGCAGUAGCAGCAGCAGCAGCAGCAGUGCACAGACGUACAAGAGCAAGAAAGGCGCAGAGGACGCGAAGAAGCACGGCAGCCCCGGAAGCAUAACGGCCGCAGAGAUUUGGCCGCAGGAGAACAGCGAUGACUCCGUCGCACAAGGGCACCUUAACAGCGCAUCUCACUCACAGACGGCAACAGCGUGGUUGCAUAUUAACGGACUGACAGCAGCUGGCACAACAAGCUCCACCAACGCGCGCCAGACGAGGCAACCGAAGAUGUACCACCGCAGCAGCAACGUCUCAUCAGAUUCACGCAGCAAUGCAACGCCUCCGGGGAUGGAGACAAAGGUGUACCCGAGCGCGGACGCCCUGGAUGACGGCCCCAGCGAUUGGGGCAGCACCAGCCAUGAUGUCCCAGCCGCGAUACCGGCGCCGAAUACCAGCGUGGAAAGCGGAGGUGCAGCAGCUGAGGCCUCUUCCUUGCCUAACCGAGCGCCUUUUGAGCCGUAUAGCGACUUGGGGUCACGCGAUGUGACCGACUAUUUACCGCCAUAUGAGUGGGCUCCACGGACGCUCCCUGUGCCGUCUCCCCUGCGGGCCUGCGGCCCAGUCGACAUGGCGCAGUGGGAGGACGGGGAGAACCAGUUUUGUGGACUAGCUGCCGCGGGUACGACCGCUCGUUUUCAGGACCCUGUGGUAAACGUCUCUGCUGAGGGUGCCACGACGUCCAACUCUGCAGUGGCCGAGGGCAAUUAUGGCGCUUCUCACCCCUUCGCACUGCACACAUUUUACCCUCGCCUGCCGCCAGCGCAGUGGUCCUCGUCUAGCAGCGACGACACCAUCAACGGACCUGAAGCAUCCGCAGCGGCAUUCGACUACCCGCAUUUACCGGUGAACGCAUUCAUUCAGAAAGCGCAUCCCCAUCAGCAGCAGCCGACGUAUCGGGCAAUGUACGAAGGUGACGCGAGUGUCCGCUACUCUCCGGCCGGGUACGCCUCACACGAAGCGACGCCACGACGGGCAGUGCCGCCGUCUCUUGUGGAUGUACACGUCUCCGAGGCAGUUGGCUAUGCAUCGCCACCGCUCGUGAACAAUGCGCACUCUUUUUACCCUUCUCGUGCCCUUUUGCCGAUGCAUCACAGUCACGCGGUGCCUGAUAGUGGCUCCGGUAAGCCUAUGGCUUACUCGCAUGCCCUUCCCGCGAUGACCACAUCUGCCCCGCAAAUCUAUCACGACGGCAACCGCAACCGCAGUGGUAACAUCAGCAUUGUUAGCAUCGGCGGAGGGGUGCAUCCUCAUAAACCCGUUUCGUACCUCUUCGAUAGUUCCAUGGAUGACUGGUUGCAAUCGCGGCACGCACAACCGCCGCAGCGCCAGCUGUACGGUGAGUCGGUCGACAUGUGGUGA